UUAAUUCUGGAAAAUAAAAGAUUUAUAAAUAAUUUGUUCUUGCUAAAUCCUCCAUAUUUGUUCUUCUUUUGGAGAAAUCCGAGAGACAUUCAUUCCCACGCCCUAAUUCAUCUGAGAAGAGAAGAGAAAUUAAACAAAUCCACUUCAGUUCGUUGAAACCUUGCGCCACCGCAGAAGCAGAGGCCGUCCACCACCUCGCCGUCAUCUGCGUGCUAUCCAGGCUGAAAAGGGCAUAUGGGUGAUCGGCAAGUAGUUGACCAACAGCACACAGCUGAGCAACAGCUGCCAUCUUCUCCUCCUCCUCCCUCAAAAGAUGAUAUGGUUUCAUGUGUUAUGGCUUUGGAGGCUGCUUUGCUUCCCUGUUUGCCAGCCAGAGAACUUCAAGCAAUAGACCGUUCUCCCCACCCUUCGCAUCAAAUUGAUGUGGAUCGCCAUGCUAGAGAUUUUAUGGAGGCUGCCAAGAAGCUUCAACUUUAUUUUAUUAGUCUGCAACGUGAGGAUAGGCCAACAAAAGCUGAAAUGCUUAGAAAGGAGAUUACUAUGAUGGAAGACGAACUUAACGAAAAAAACGAGCUGAUUAAGAAACAAGAACAUUUAAUUCAGGAGUGGAAAAAAGAGCUGAAAGAUCAGUUGAACAAACACAAUAUUGAGUUGGACAGGGUUUAGCUUUAAAUUUAACUCAUAGUCUAUUUAAAUAUUUAAAAAUUCAAAGGAAUUUUUUUUGUUUGUGUUAUUUUCUCUCCCAUUUCUUCAGAGCAUCAUGUCGCCACCACUUACCACCCACACAGCAUUGCAACCACACUUGUACUUGUAGCAGUUUGAGAAAUGGGAUGUCCUCUAGAGGCAGUGAUAAAAAUUAGUUGAGAAAUGUGCUCUGCUUGAUGAAAUUAUUCCGAAUUUUGUUUGUUGAAUGUUGAUGACAACAUUCAAAUCAUCCAAAAUAGACGAGGAGAAAAGCUGAAGAAUGUCACUAUUGUUGUUAAAAUAGUAAGCCAAAAAAGCUAUAAGAUAAACAGGAAUUGCAUAUUGGAUGUCAUCAAUUUGAUAAUAUAUAGUUAUUAAGGACUGUAAAUCACACUUAUUAAUGUUCAUUUGUUUUAGUUAAUGAUUUUACUUUUAAUACUA